AUAAAAUGAUUUAUUGCGGGGUUAAUGCAAAUAACUAUCGCAAAAUCUCGAGAUGUGAAAUCGCAAAACAAAUGUGGGAAAAAUUGGAGGUCACCUACGAAGGAACCGCGCAGGUUCGGGAGGCCAAAAUCGACCAACUCACUCACGAGUAUGAACUCUUCUCUAUGAAAGAAAACGAGAAGAUUGAGGAAAUGUUUGAGAGGUUCUCUAACAUCAUCAACCCUCUCAAUCUUCUCGGGAAGACAUACACCGACCGUGAGCUCGUGAGAAAGGUGCUACGAAGCUUAUCCCCAAAAUGGUGUUCAAAGGUGGACACAAUUGAAGAAGGUUGUGACUUCCAAACAAUGACAUAUGAUGCUCUUCGAGGUAAUAUCAUUACCUACGAAACCACCCAACUCUCAAAGGUGGUUGAAGAGAGGAGCAAGAGGUCUAUUGCUCUACCCGCAACUACAUCAACCCACAACAAUGUUGAUGAUGAAGAUGAUGACAACGACGACACCGACCUCGGAGUAUUCGUCCGAAAAUUCAAGAAGAUGAUGCUCAAGAAGGGAGCCAAGAAGAACACUCCACCCAAGUGCUAUGGGUGUGGUGAAAUUGGACACAUCAAACCAAUGUGUCCGAAGCUCAAGAACGAGAAGGACAAGAGGGAACCAAAGAAGCAACGUGCCUAUAUUUCUUGGGAGAACGACGGCUCCGGGAUUGAAGACUCGGAAACGGAGGAAGUGGCCAACCUAUGUCUCAUGGCCAUUGAGGAUGGUGAAACAUCAAAAGAGACCGAGGAUGAAUAUGAUGCGCAAGACAUCAAGAAGGUGGAAAACAAUGCCAAGGCCAUCAACAUCAUCUAUUGUGCCGUUAACCCGGAUGACUACCGGAAGAUUUCUUGUUGCACCACCGCAAAGGAAAUGUGGGACAAACUAGAAAUCACCUACGAAGGUACGGAUCAAGUCCGAGAAGCUAAAAUUGAUUUUCUAACCCAUGAAUAUGAAUUGUUUCGUAUGAAGGAAAACGAGAAAAUCGAUGAAAUGUUUGAACGAUUCUCCAAAAUCGUCAAUGAUCUUCAUGCUCUCAAGAAGACGUACACGGACAAGGAGCUUGUGAGAAAAAUCCUGCGAAGUCUCACACCGGAGUGGCGCUCCAAAGACGACGCCAUUCAAGAGUCCAUCGGCAUCACCAACGUCACCAUUGACGGACUUAGAGGUAACCUCAAAACCUAUGAGUCCACCAUUCUAUUCCCCUCUUUAGGUGAACAAAAGAAGAAGGGGAUUGCACUCAAGGCUACCUCAAGCCAAGAACCCGCCAUUGAAGAAUCAAGCGAUGAGGACAACGAGUUCGGGCUUGUCAUCAAAAAAUUCCACAAGUUCAUGCGAAAAGAGUAUGAACGAAAGGGCAAAAAGCAUGGAGGAACACCCAAGUGCUAUGGGUGUGGAGAAGUUGGGCACAUCAAGCCAAAAUGCCCAAACGCCAAAAACGAGAAGGAGAAGAAACCGUUCAAGAAGCACCGAGCUUACAUUUCAUGGGGAGCUGAUUCCGGCGAUGAGUCAUCGGAAGGCGAAGAAAAUGAAAGCGCCAACCUCUGCCUCAUGGCACACGAAGAACCACCGGAAGAGGUAUGUACCACUUCUAAAGAUUCCUAUACUUUUGAUGAUGUACAAGAAGCCUUUAAUGAACUUUAUGAUGAAUAUGUCAACGCUUCUAAAAUAAACAAGGAUUUGAAGAAACAACUUACUUCCAUGGAGAAGGAAGUUGAUAAACUAUCAAAAGAUAAUGAAAAACUUAAAGAAGAAAAUAAGUUUUUCGGAAAAAGAAGCACCGACAAACCGGAAAGUUCAAAAUGUAGUUCUUGUAUAUCACUUAAGGAUCAAGUUGCAAAACUUGAAGGAACUUUGAAGAAGUUUGGUGUUUCUCAUAAAAACCUUAAUGAUGUUCUUGAUAAUCUGCAACUCACUAAACAUGGCUUAGGCGGUCAAAGAAAGCAUUCCCGCACUGGCAAGAACGUUGCUUCCUCUUCGGCUCCUCCACCACCGGCACACAAGUAUCUCGACGGGUCGUUCCUUUGGUUCAACGACCGCGAAGAGGCGACGCGGUUCUCGAAAAAGUUUGAGCAUCGGGAAAUUCUCCCUCCCCGAUUCUCCACCGCCCGCUUCAUUCAUGAUUCCAUUCCACGUGAGGCACGGAUUAUCCUCGAACGUGGAAACUUCCUCGAUCUCCUCUACAUCAAGAAGGGAGGUUGUUCCCUUGUUGUAAACUCGAAGGAAGUUCCUUGUUCAUUCGUGAGAAGUCUUGGAGUGCUGUAUCUCCGAGCAAAGGUGUUGAGGCUCGUGUGACUCGGGUUCUCAAGUUGUAUCGGUUUGUUAAGCACCCUUAAGCUUAACGGAGUUAGUGUAGCUCGAGAGAGUCUCUCGGGGGGCUGGAUUAGCCACACGUUGUGGUGAACCAGGAUAAAACUCGGUGUGUUCCUUCCUUAUGCUCUUUACUUUAACGCUCUCGUUUUAAUUUCCUGCGAUUUUGUUUUAAACGCUAUUCACCCCCCCUCUAGCGUUGGGCCUUUAUUCUAACAUUCUUAGCAUUAGCCAAUUGUGCGAUACAGGUAACCGUG